GGCAGCACCACGGGAAUCGGGAUGGGCAUCCUGAAGCAGCUGGCCGCGGGGGGCGCCAUCACGGUGAUGCACGGGCUGGAGACGGAGGAGAACAUCCUGCAGAAGGCGGCAGCGGUACAGGCGAAGUACGGCAACACCGUGGGCACCUCCACCGCCAACCUGCUCAACCCUCAAGAGAUCAGGGACAUGGUGGCUCGGGUGCAGGAGGAGUUUGGGAAGCUGGACAUCCUGGUCAACAACGCGGGCAUCCAGUAUGUGGCGCCGGUGCAUGAGUUCCCAGAGGAGAAGUGGAACGCGAUCAUCGACGUCAUCCUGAACGCGCCCUUCCACGCCACCAAAGCGGCGCUGCCGGCCAUGAUCGACGCGGGGUGGGGGCGCGUGGUGAACACAGGCACGCCGCCGCCGCCGCACCUCUGCAGGCGCUACCCUGGCCGCUCCAUGCAUGCGCUGGUGGCAUCGCCCUUCAAGAGUGCCUACAACGCUGCCAAGCAUGGCAUCGCGGGUUUCACAAAGACUGUGGCGCUGGAGGUGGCCACCAAGGGGGUGACGUGCAACGCCGUCUGCCCCGGCUACGUCAUGACGGAGCUCAUCGAGAAGCAGCUGGCCAACCAGGCCAAGACGAGAGGCAUACCCAAGGCCCGUGAUCCGUGCUUUCUUUAUUGUCUUUUUUUAUUGCUUCUGCAGGAGAAGGUGAUCACCGAUGUGCUGCUGGUAGACCAGCCCAUCAAGCGCUUUGUGAAGCCAGAGGAGGUGGGGUCCCUGGUGCGGCACCUGUGCACCGACGACGCGGCAGCCAUCACAGGUGCCUGCCUGUCAAUUGACGGCGGCUGGACGGCGCGGUAG